AUGAUCUCUCAUCUUGUUUUACUAGUGCCCUUGUGCGUCUUAUCAAUAGUUUCGGUGAAAGGUGCCUCUGAAGGAUUAGAUUUCGGAAAAGGAACCCACGUCCUUGGGAAAUUUUUCAUACAUUACCUGAACACGCAACCGGAGGACAUAAAGUUGAGUGAGGGGGUACACCUGGUGUCCAUUAAAAGUGACCAUAUGGGGAGGUCUUUGAAUAAGGACAAGACAGUGUUGGGUGCUAUCGAGAACUACUUGCAGAGUCACGAAAUAAGGAUUAAGUUGCCGGAACUGAUGCCAGGGGAGGAGUUUGGGAGGUCUUUCAAGGAGGCCAUAGAGGAUAUAGAUGAGAGCAACGAAGGUAAAUGUGACAUUUGUCCAGAUGAAGGGUCUAUGCUUUUCUUCAUCAUUUUCUCCUCAUUUUCAGUUGUCACCGGUCGCAGGAGGAACGGAAAUGGAGGGGGUGGAGGAGGCAUGAGUACCGGAGUCAUGAUGGCCGGAGUCAUGAUGGGCAAAAUGUUGGCAACCCUUGGUCUCGGUGGAGUGGCGCUGCUGGCCAAGAAAGCUCUAUUCGUUUCGGUGCUGGCCCUGACUUUAUCAGCCAUCAUUGGUAUCAAGAAGCUGGUACACUCGGAUGACCACCACGAAGGUCAUACAGUCAUACACGCCGCUCAUCAUGGUCAUGGACACGAGCUGCACGACUACAGGAGGAAGAGGGAUGUGGACCAGUUGGCCUACAGAGCUUGGAAAGAGUUCAAGUAGGAAAACUAUAUAAGUAUGACAUUUUUAAAUUCUUCGAAAAUCAAUUUAGGUAUUUGGUACCUUUGAUUCCUAUGAGAAUACAAUAAUUUAAGUCAAUUCACCACCGCAAACGAAAAAUCAAUAUUUUCACUUGGUCGAUGCUUUGAAAUGCUUCCUAGAUGCUAACUCUGUGAUUUUCAUUUAUAUGCAUCAUUUUAUUAAGAUGAAAAAGGGAGAAAUUAUAAGUUCAAGACCUGAAACAGGUUGAGUUUGAACUGCAGAUAAUAUUUUGAGUGAUUGUCAUGGAAUGAGUAGAUCGAAAUUAAAUUUGAAUUUAAAUUUGAGUGUGUGGGCACAAGUUAAAGAUGCAUACUGUGUCUGUAAUUUUCAAUGAGUCUGUACUGAGUGGAUAGUCAGCUUUUGAGGUCUCUCAAAGAGAGUUCAAGACUCAGUUUGCCAUCAAAUACUUAUCCAUCAUUUUCGAAGAAGUGUCCCCUAUUUAUUUUAUUUAUUUUAUUGUUCACGUAUAUUGUGCUAUGUAUAUAUUUAUGAUGGAAAAUAAAAGUUUGGU